AUGCGUCUUUCUCGUUACCUCCCCAACCUCCUGGCCUUACAUGGCCCAGGCUCAAAGGCUGUAGCUCAACACCUCGACGAUUGCCCUGACGGGUUGUCUGUUGUAAACAUACAGCCUGAAGUCAUCAUUGGGCUCCAGCCUAUCACCUUAAGCUCCGUGUUCAGUACCAACACGGUGCUUACAGUUGGAGGUACCACGAUCCCAAUCACGGGUGCCCCGACUACCUUGGUCACCUCGUUCACUCUUACGAGCACUUCGACCAGAUUCUCGACUGGUGAUCCCGAACCACUCUUUACCGGCCCCUACACUACCAUCACGAGCAAUGGCCCCGAAUCCUACCUAACUACGAUUACCCAGCUACCCUCGGGACGAGAUCCGACUGGAACUGUCAUCAUCGUCAGUCCGUCAGGAGGAUCAAGCAAUACCUUCACUGGCCCUUACACGACUAUUACAAGCAACGGUCCUGAUGGAGCCAAGCCAACCACCCUGACUUUCCCUCCUUCAGGCCAGGACCCGACCGGAACCGUUAUUGUGGUCAAUCCGGUCAGCAGUCAAGGCAGCACCUUCACCGGACCAUACAAGACUCUCACAAACACUGGACCUCCUGGAACCCGGCCAACCACUCUCACGCUCCCUCCUGGCGCUGGUGGCACUGGGACAGUCAUUGUGAUUACUCCAUCUAGCAGUCAAAGCAACAUCUUUACUGGUCCGUACACAACAAUUACCAGCACUGGAUCGAGUGGCACUCGACCAAGUACUUUGACACUUGCCCCAACUGGUACAGAUGGCAGUGGAACUGUCAUAAUUGUCGAGCCAAGCUCCAGCACUGCAAGUCGUCCUUUUACUGGCCCUUACAGUACGAUUACUGGAAUCAAUACCGGUACAGUCGGUACGACAGUGACGCUUCCUCCUUCAGGUAUAGAUUCUACUGGCACGGUUAUCAUUCUUGAGCCAAGCACAAGCACGCAAAGAAGCUCCUUUACCGGGCCUUAUACUACAAUCUCAGGCAUCAAUACUGGAAGUCUGACUGCAACUCUCAUACUACCCCCCUCUGGGACAGAUCCAACAGGCACGGUCAUUAUUCUCGAGCCUUCAUCUUCACCCCCGAUAACAAGCUUUACCGGUCCUUAUACUACUAUUACUGGAAUUAAUACUGGUACUGGAACAGCCACCUUGACCUUGGCACCAUCCGGAACAGACUCAACUGGAACAGUGGUUAUCCUUGAGCCUUCCGCUUCUCUCCCUGUGACGACCUUUACGGGUCCGUACACUACUAUCACAGGCGUAGGUACCGCAACGACCACUGUCACCCUUCCUCCUUCUGGAACAGACUCUACUGGUACAGUAAUUGUGUUAGAGCCUUCCACCAGCAUAACCUUCACAGGACCAUUUACUACUAUCACUGGUGUCAAUACUGGAACUGCCACUGGAACAUCAACAAUUACCUUGCCUCCUUCUGGCACCGAUCCUACUGGCACGGUGAUCAUUUUAGAACCUUCGUCUUCAGCCUCCAACACAGUCUUUACUGGACCAUUCACUACUAUUACUGGCGUCAAUACCGGGACUGCGACCGGAACUUCUACUCUCACCCUGCCGCCCUCUGGUACAGAUCCUACUGGCACGGUGAUUGUCUUGGAACCUUCUGUUUCGGCUAGUAGAACAUCCUUCACUGGACCGUUCACUACUAUCACCGGUGCCAACACUGGAACGGCAACUGGAACCUCUACUAUUACUUUAGCACCCUCUGGAACAGAUAUCACAGGUACUGUAAUUAUCUUAGAGCCUUCAAAGUCAGCGACUGUAACAACCUUUACUGGACCGUUCACUACCAUCACUGGUAUCAACACUGGAACUGCCACGGGUACAUCGACCCUCACUUUACCACCAUCUGGGACAGAUCCCACUGGAACUGUCAUCGUAUUGGAACCGUCAUCUUCGUCCCCUAGUUCAACCUUCACAGGACCCUUUACUACAAUCACAGGCAUCAACACAGGUACUGCGACAACCACCCUUACCUUGGCACCAUCCGGAACAGAUCCGACUGGUACAGUCAUUGUACUAGAGCCAAGCUCCACUAGACCUACAACCCCUAGCAUCACUCCAUCCAGCAAUAGCCCUGGGACAGCCUCAUCAACGGAUACUACUUCCACAGUUUCACAAAGUCAAUCGGGCCCUGCUACUUCAAGCACUUCGGAUACUUUGACGGAUCUUGGAACUAGCAGUUCUGGUUCUAUCGCUACCACUUCUGCAUCUACAGAAGAACCCUUGGAGACUACUUCAUCUAACUUGGGGACGUCUUCGGCCACAUCAGAGGUUAUUCCGGAGAUUUCCACGUCUGAUGUUCUUCCCGAUACUUCCACAUCAGAGGCCCCUCCCGAGACUUCCAGCGAUUCUGCCACCAGUAGCUUAUCGGAAGGUACCAGCUCAUCUGGCCCUGUGACAUCGUCUGAUGCACCGGAGACUUCUACAACCGAUAGUGGGAUAACCACUAGCUCAGAGGACCUGACCUCGGAUGUAACAUCGGCAUCAGACUCAUCCGUGGCCACUUUGACCUCGAUGGGUGCUGAUACAUCUUCUACAGAAGAGACUUCAAUUGAUACUCCGACUAGCGUCGAAAUCACCUCUACAACAGUAGCUGAGAAUACUGAUGCAACCUCUGAAACCGAGUUACCAACUUCUUCAGAUGAAGCUACCAGUUCCUCUCUAGCCAAUCCAACAGCCGAGCCACAAACAUCUUCUGAAACCGAGUUACCAACUUCUUCAGAUCAAGCUACUAGUUCUGUAGCCAGUCCAACGACACCCGAGCCACAGACAUCCUCCGUAUCUGAGUGCAUUCCGUCUGCAACUUCUACAUCAUCAUUCUGUAAUGUCGCUCUCCCAGCCAACUGUCAGGCACUCGAGACAACCAACGGUGUUCUUCUCAUCCCCGUAAUCGCAGCUUGUACUGUAGCGCUUGGCCCCUAUGCAGCUGGAAACAUCGCAACCUGUCUUGCAACAAGCAUUUCAAUUUUCACUGCUGGAGCAGAUAUAGCCGACUGCAUCCUCACUGCGCUAGAAGGAAGAUGUAUCACAACUCUACCCGAUUCAUGCACAGACCUUGAAAAUUCCAAUGGUCUUGCACUCGUUGCGGAUGUUGCUCUUUGCGCUGUUGCUCUCGGCCCAUUCGCAGCUGGAAGCGCCGCAACUUGUCUUGCUACUGGCGCCAUUACCUCAUCAACACAAGGAACCAGCAUUGUCGAAUGCUUGCGAAUCGCCUUUGGCUUCGAUUCGGGCACGGGCAGCAUCACUGGAAGUGCCCUAUGCGAAAGCGAACCAACAUCUACUCCACCAGACCCAGUUUGUGCUACGAUCCCUGAGCCUUGCGCAGAUUUGGCUGAUACAAAUGGCCUUGCUCUCAUCGUAGCGAUUCCUGUUUGUACAACUGCACUGGGAGGUUUCGCUGUUGGUAAUGUUGCGACCUGCUUGGGAACGAACCUCAUCACACAGAACACUUUGGGCGAGACUGUCGUGGAGUGUCUUGAAGAUGCUCUUUCUGAAACGUGUAUCACGUCGCUUCCUGAGCCAUGCUUGAACUUAGAAGGAAACACAGCUGCUCAGCUUGUGAUAAAUCUGCCCCUUUGCACAGCAGCUCUUGGUCCGUUCGCCACUGGAGCAGCGGCGACUUGUCUGACUUCAGGCCUGACUAAUAGCAACUCAGUUGUGGACUGCCUCAACAACGCAAUCUUUUGA